AUGUCCUCGCACCCAGAAUUCAGGUACACCCACCACGGGCUCGUCUUCUAUCCGCUAGAAGUUCCCGAAAUCCAGGAACGGCUCCAUCUCGCGAACGACAAUGGGAAUGAGUCCGCCCAGUACUUGCAAGCACGACGCCAAGGCUUCGUCCUUGUCCAUUGGAUCCAACCACCCGAGAGCGCCUUGCCAACUUCGGGCAGUGUAGGGGUCUUCGCAAGUAUCGACUGCCCGCAGGAGCUGGUCAUCAUCAAGAAGCUAUCCCAGAUCAUCAGGCGAGGUCAGCUCCAGAACCGGUAUCAACCGGUGCCGUCCGAGAUUGAACAAAGCUCGCUGAGUCCGCGGGAUGCUGCUGUCCAGCGGCAGCUGCCUCUGUAUCACGAAAACAUGGGCCUUACGCCGUUCCCCCAGCUGCACGCGUUCCAGAUCCACAAGCGGACGCCGGGGUCCCAGCCGGUCAAGCCGGAAGAGGACAUCACGCUCUUCUACAAGUACUACAACGGAGGAACGCUGAAGAGCUUCAUCCGGAAGUACGCCAGGGCUGGCAAGCGGGUACCAGAAGGCUUCAUCUGGCACGUCAUCGCCCAGCUCUGCCGUGCGGUCUCGUGGCUCCAUACGGGGCACAUUCCUUCGCGGGACGAAAACCUCGGGCGCGAAGAUCCCUCCCACCCACCUCAGCCGCCCCCUGACACAUGGGAGCCCAUCUGCCACCAGGACAUGCACGCCGACAACGUCCUCCUCCACUUCCCGACCGACGAGGAAAAGCUGGCCGACCCGCGAUUGGAGCAGUUCGACGAGUACUUGCCACAGAUCAUCAUCGCUGACUUUGGCCUCUCGUUCCAGGGCAAAAACGACCGCUCCGAUGAGCUUGGCCUCGAUGAAAAUCCCGAUCUGCCGCAGCCUACGACCUGGAAGGACAAGGCCGACAUUGGCGAGGCGGCCUUGCGCCUCAUGGUCCCAGACUACGGCCCAGGAGAGGGCGAGAUACACGUCUUGGACCCCGACGACGGGUCUUUGAACCCGUAUUAUUGCCACACGCACCCAUCGGCGCUGAUGGGCGGUUACAGCGAGGAGCUAGUGAGCUACUGGGGACAGUUCGACACGUUGAUCCUGCCCCUACUGCACCUCGACCCGUAUACUUGGCAGAAAGCCAUGUUCAUGUCAGACGAACGGGACUGGAGGGGAUGGCCGCCGAACGAAGUCCUGUUCGGUCCCACCCUGGCCUUAGCCGACCGCCGUGUCGAAGACUACAUCCACAGCAACAACAAGGAAUCCCUGCUCUGGACGCAGACCUUCAACGCCUCGAUGCCCUACCGCAGCGUCCCGCGCAACCCGGCGCACCACCGGCGCGACUGGGCGACGGUCGACGGGCAUCUCAGCGAGACCGUCGCAAAAACGUUCUCCCAGUUCAGCCCGGGGUGCGUCAGGAUCCGGCAGGUCCACAUCAUGGGCAAGGGGCGCGUCGAACAGGAGCUCGAUGAAGUCAUUCCCGAGUCAGCGCAGCGCGUCGACGAGGACGAGGACGAGGACGGACGUCACGCCGAAGCGCCGCCAAUCCAGGCGUGUCGUGCUACGGUCCCACACCCCAGGCGCCGUCGUCAAGGCCGCCAACCUGCACGCCGUCUGCGGCCUGAGCCACCGCGGGUGAGGGAUGCGUCGCCACCGAUCGCCGAGGAAUAUCUGAAUCGUGAGUGGGCGAUGAUGGUGGACUAUGAGAGAGGGUGCCGCGAGAAAGGGAUUUGGUGA